CUCAAGUCUCGUUAAGCGCUCUCCUCUGUUAUCGCGUGAUCUUCGCUGAGGCCCACCGCUAUUUAUAACCGUAAACAUAUAUCCAUCAUGAGUUAUUCAGAAAAGCCUGAGGAUAUUACAAAGGAGGAAUGGAUGGAUAAACUGAAUAAUGUGCACAUUCAGAGGGCAGAUAUGAACAGGCUCAUCAUGAACUAUCUAGUAACAGAGGGAUUUAAAGAGGCUGCAGAGAAGUUUCGUAUGGAAUCUGGGAUUGAGCCGAAUGUGGAUCUAGACUCUCUGGAUGAGAGGAUAAAGAUCAGGGAAAUGGUUUUGAAAGGUCAGAUCCAGGAAGCCAUUGCUCUCAUUAACAGCCUGCACCCAGAGCUCCUCGACACCAAUCGAUACCUCUACUUUCACCUUCAGCAGCAGCAUCUGAUUGAGCUCAUCCGUCUGCGGGAGACUGAGGCGGCGCUGGAGUUUGCGCAGUCACAGCUCGCCGAACAGGGAGAGGAGAGCAGAGAAUGCCUUACUGAGAUGGAGCGAACCCUGGCACUGCUCGCCUUCGACAACCCUGAAGAAUCGCCGUUUGGAGACCUGCUCAACAUGAUGCAGAGGCAGAAGGUGUGGAGCGAGGUGAACCAGGCUGUUCUAGACUAUGAGAACAGAGAAUCUACUCCAAAAUUAGCAAAGCUGCUGAAGCUUUUACUGUGGGCUCAGAACGAACUGGACCAGAAAAAAGUGAAAUACUCAAGAAUGACAGACCUCAGCAAGGGCACCAUUAAGGACCCCAAGUAGAGACUGUAAUCCACAUGGACACAUUUGAAUUUAUUGUCUUAUUUAUGAACAGUCAGUGACUGGAUAGCAAAUAUAAAUCUAUGUAUAAUGUUUUUUUUUUCUUGAUGCCUCUAUAAAAAGUAACUUAAG